UGCCAAACAUUCCAGUUCUCUUUCUUACCAUGCCAUGGAAUCUGCGAGUGGAAUUGAAGUCUACAGAUGUGGGGAUCCUGUGGAGGUCUUCUACAAGAUGCCAUUUCCCGAGGAUCACGGGAGGGAGCGCGUGGACAUCCUCGGAGAUCGCUGGAUCCAGUGCGCGACGGCGAGCCUUGGCUCGACCCGGCCUCGCAUUGGCUGGACCCAGCGCUGGCUGCCCGCGGUUGUGAUGGAGGUGCUGGACGGAGGAGAAGCUGUUCGGGUUCAAUGGGAGCUGAGGCAAUGGUACGAUUGGGCAACGGGAGAGCACAUUGAGAUCAGCAGGGACCCUCACGCACUGGAGCAAGAGGUAGAUGUGCACAAGGUUCGAAAGAGGACAGCUGCAUGGCGUAUACCAGAAAAUCGAGCUUGGACGUCGACGCUGUAUCCAACUCGUUCGGAGAUGGCUGUAGGCGGAUGUGAAGUCACAGUCUCCUUCAUUGUUUUCCAAUGGGGUGCUGCAAAAAUUCCUCUGAGCUACGACGCCCAUUCUUGGGGGAGCUUGGAAGGUUCCACUGUAUCGAAUCGCUUCAUCCGCCUUUUUUUCCGAGAUGCUGUGAUUCCAAAGUUUGGAUAUGAUUACGAAGUCCUCACAGUCUUCAUUCAGCACAGUGACGAAUUUGCCGGUAUCUCCCCCGAAUUCCUGGGGUCGGUCUGUCGGGGGCGCAGAGUGUGCGCCCUGUACUUCCUGUGGCCGAUACAAGGCGCUCAGAGCUAUGGGGAAAAGGCGCCCACAGCUGCUGCCUAUGUAGAUGCUGAGAAGCUUUACCAGCUGGUUUCGCGCAUGGAGGCGUGCAGCAUCUCCACUUUGUGGCCCCACCCCUUGCAGCUCUGGAGACUUCUCACCUCGAAAGAGUGGAUGACGAGCCUCUGCAUGGCCCCCCAGUUCCAAAUUCCUCUGACCACGCGCUGCGGCAAGUGCCUGGUGCUCAGCGACCCCCUGAAAGCGGCGACGUGGGCACUGCAGGCGCUGAAGAUGUUGAAGGAGGACCGGAAGCAACCUUCCAGGGAUGGAAUCGUGGCCAAGCUGGGAUAUAGCUACGAGGGUGUGGAUGUGAAGAUGGUGUCAGGUGAGGAGAAGCUAGCGGAGGCAAUGUACUUCUUGCUCACGCAGCCGAACUACUACAACGAGUUCGUCUAUGUCCAGGAGCAAGUCAACGUACAUCUGGAGGCGCGGUGCUUUGUGGUCCAUGGCAAAGUGGCUGACGUCCUCUUCACCCGAUUUGGGCGGAUUGACUGCCAUGGAUAUGUGAGAGACUACGAGAAAGCAGCGUCCGCCCGGGAAGCCAGGGAGGAGUGGUUCUUCAAGGACGAGGUUGCCUGGCAGGAUGCCAUGGAGCAAGUACACAGGAUCUCCUACUGCUGGCAUUUGUGGCUUCUGGCCCAAUCUGCAGAGCCCACCAUCUCAGUUCGCAUCGACUAUUUGCUGGAGCGGGAAUCACCCGGCAAGGCCAAGGUGUGGACGGGUGAAGUUGGAGAGCAGGGGUACAGCAUGGGCGGAAUAGACCCCCUGGUGGUUUUCCGCGCUGUGCUGGACGGGAUUGUGUGAGACGCAACGGCGGUCCGCGUCCGCGCUGCCUGCGUUUGAAUUGGAUUGGCGAAUCCCACGUCAAGUCUCC